CGAUUUGAAAAAGUACACAUUUCGCAAUAGUGAGUAAACACUUGAUUCAAAAUAAGUCGUUCAAAAACAUUAAAUUGUGAUUAAUUGUAUAAAAAUAAUAACAGAUGUGCACAUUAUCAUUUUAAAAGUACCAAUAACACGUGAGAAAUUUUUUUUGUUGAAAAUAUAAUUAAUAUGGCUGCAUUACAUAAAUUAUUAAGAUAUUCUAAAAAACUACUAAAUAACAAUAUAUUGUAUCGCGGUGACACAUUUAUAAAAUCAUUCCGAACUGUUGUACAAGAGCCAAAACCGACUUUAGGAAUACUGAAAACAAGUUUAAUUGGUGCAGCAGUUGGAACAAUUGUUGGAAUAGGUUAUGCUUAUUAUAAAAUUGAAAGCAGACGAAAAAACCUUGCAUUAGAGGGUACUGUGAUUCAGUUUGAUAUUCUGAAGUACAAGCCACCAAUAACGCCUUCGAGAAAAGUUAUUUCUCCAGUUGAUUCAACCGGCUUAAAACUAACUCUCUUUCAGUAUCAGUCAUGCCCUUUUUGUUGUAAAGUACGUACAUUUCUCGAUUACUAUGGACUUUCUUAUGACGUUGUUGAAGUUGAUCCAGUAUUAAGAAGAGAAACCAGCUGGUCAUCAUAUAAAAAAGUCCCUAUUUUAUUAGCAAAAGUUGAAGAGGGUUAUCGUCCACUAAAUGACAGUUCUAUGAUUAUAUCGGUUCUGGCAUCUUAUUUACAUGAUCCUAGUCAUAAAAUAAAUGAAUUAGUCCAGUUUUAUCCAAUUAUUGCUAUGAAUGAUGACAAAGGACUCAAGCAUGAGAUAAUUAAUAAAUAUUUUUUGAUGUAUCAAGGAUCUACGCCUAAAAAUCGAAGUCUUGAUGAUAUUACAGAAGAACGUAAAUGGAGACAAUGGGCUGAUGAUGUUUUGGUACACACACUUUCACCAAACGUUUAUCGAACGCUUAAUGAAUCUUUCCAAACAUUUCGAUGGUUUUCUGAGGUUGGAAAAUGGGAAGAGUAUUUUCCUGCAUGGGAAAGAGCUAUAAUGAUCAAUAUAGGUGCUUUGGCAAUGUGGAUGGUUGGAAAAAGAUUAAAAACGAGACACAAUUUAAAAGAUGACGUUCGUCAAUCGUUUUAUGAUGAAUUAAACACAUGGAUAAAUGCUGUUAAUGCAAGAGGAGGCACGUUUAUGGGCGGAAGUAGUCCAGACCUCUCAGAUUUAGCAGUUUAUGGAGUUUUAAAAAGUAUUGAAGGAUGUGAUGCAUUUCAAGAUGCAUUGAAAUAUACAAAAUUAUCGAGUUGGUAUCAAGCUAUGACAGAGCAAAUCAAUAGUCAUAAUGGAGCUAGUUUAUUAGUUGCUUAGUUUAACGUAUCUUUUUGAAGGUAAUAUAUAAUUUCUUUAAUGAUCUAUUUAUUUGAUAUUUUUAAAAAAAGUUAUACUAUAAAAUAAAACUAAACUGAACACGCUAA